CGUGGUGCGUGAUGCGUGAUGCGGCGGGCGCCCUCCUCCACCAGGCCGCUCGCUCUCUGAUUCACGAGUCCAGUCCACCAUCGCGAUCCCGGUGAACCCACCAAUGAAUCCAUAAACCCAUGAUCCAUGAUCAAGAGCAGCCGCCCAAACCACAGGCCCCUGCCCUGUCUGUCUUCUCUUCUCCUCGCCCUCGUCUUCGCGGGUCUCGACUUGUCCGUGAUGGGAACAUGACAGGUCUUCUUCCACCCUGUCCUCGCGCUUCCUCGACUUCCCUACUCCCCCCCCCCCACAACAAGGCUGGGCUGAUACCCACCUUUCUCCAACAAACGCCGGGACCAGCGUCGAGUGACGACAGGAAAGCUCCGCCAACUCCACGGGGUGUCCGCAAAACCCAGCAAAAGCAAAGGAGCCCCUGCCUACCAUCGUACGACUUCUGUACAGCCAGGAAUCUCCUCGCUCGCGACGGCUUGGGGACAGCCACGAGGAAUCAUCGGCUUGUGGAGAAGGAGAAGUUUUUUUUUCUUUGUCCUCAAUCUCUGCUUCGAUGCCUGCAGGUCCAGUUUGACCAGGGGGGUCGGAACCAUGGAUGCCAUCGAGGAUAAAACAUCUGGGGAGGACGCUCAAUGUGUCGAUUCUGCUUCUGUAUCCUGUCCGAGUCGAGUCCUUCUUUAUAAACCACCUCCCCCUCCCUUGUUCUCAUCAUCAUACUCUCUUGGUGUAUUACUCGGCCGGCCGUCAUUAAU